GGGCCAUAAUGGGGUAGGGGGGUAUUUGCUAGUUUCGGAGAUGCAAGACCCGAAACCAGAGCUUCGACCCCUACCUGCACCUUGGGCUUUCCCAGAUGGGACCCCGACCCCAUCGACGUUUCCGGACCUUCUUUUGUUUCUUCCAUGACAGAUCUGUGACAAUUCUUUUUUUUGUUCUGCAUUCCUUCUCUUUUCCUUCUCGUCCUCGUGGGACUUUCUUAACGCAUACCACAUCUUACAGCAUCCCGUUAUUGCUUUGCAGGCAUCGGAUUCAUCCCCCAGUUUUGAUGCACAAGCUCUAGAGAUUAUCAAACCGACCCAGGCCUCGACUGGUCUCGAACCCCUCCUCCCAUUGACCUAAUUGUAUCCAACGGGCGACAAGCUGUUGUCAUCAUCAGACUUCACUUGGGAUAUACUCGUGCUGUCGUCGACCCCUAGGCAACCUCUCGCCAUUUCGAUGCUCCCAGAGCACUUGGCAUCAUCAUGGUAUCAUCAGUCUUUGUGCUCGCUGCAGCUGUGGUCGCCUACGGCGUAUAUGCCUACGCCUCCGGUCUACAGCGCAAUAUAGCUGAAGCAAAGAAAGUUGGCCUGCCAUAUGUCGUCACCCCCGCGUCACCCUUUUCAAUAAUAUGGCAGCUCACCCACAAGUUCUGGCUACCCAUCAUCAAGUCAUUACCUAAGUCUUGGUGGGAAAACUGGCUCGAACUCCUCAUACCGAAUUGGUCCUAUAAUCUACUUCACAAGCCCUUCGCACGCAUCGGCGAGACUUUUAUGGUCGUAUCGCCCUUCCAAAUUCUCAUCCUGACCGACAGCGCCGAAGCCAUCCACCAGAUCACACAGCAGCGCGAAAAGUUCCCAAAGCUAGUCGAGACUUACGCCAUUCUGAAGCAGUUUGGCGACAAUGUCCUGACCACCGAGGGCGCCGUCUGGCGCAUGCACCGCAAAGUGACAUCCGCGACAUUUAACGAGAAGAACGCCUCCCUCGUUUUUGCCGAGUCGAUCAAGCAGGCACAGAGCAUGACGCGCAAGUGGCUGGGCACGGCCGGGGAGAAAAGCAAGGAGACCAUCCAGACGCUGGAUCACGAUACGAUGCGGCUCGCCCUCAACAUUAUCAGCUACGUGGGGUUCGGAAUGCGCCUGCUCUGGCCGGGACAGUCGCUCCCCGAGGGCGCGGACCCGAAGCUCACAAAGUACAGCUCGCUCGAGGCGGCCCCAGGACACACGAUGAGCUUUGCCGAUGCCAUUGCUGAGAUGCUGGAGCAUAUCUUGGUUCUGUUAUUGGUGCCGCACAAGAUUCUAAAGUUGUUGCCCUUCAAGUAUACGAAGCAGGCCAUUGACUCGCACGACAACUAUGUUCAGUACAUCGACGAGCUGAUGCAGGACAAGAUUGAGGACCUGCAGAACGGCGACCACAGCGACGCCGGCAUGGACCUCAUGGGCCAGCUUGUGAGGUCGAAAUACGGGGACGGAGCCGAUGCCAACGGGGGUAUCAACGGGAAACUGUCAAAGGGCAAGGAGUCCAAGAUCCCUCAGCUGUCCAGAUCGGAAAUCUCGGGUAAUGCCUUCAUCAUGUUAGUCGCGGGCCACGAGACGACGGCGAACGCGAUGCAUUUUGGGUUGAUUGAGAUUGCCUGCAACCCGGCCGUGCAGCGACAGCUCCAGAAGGAUAUCGACGGCAUCUUUGGCAACAGCGAUCCGAGCACGUGGAACUACGAGAGCACGGUCAACCCGAUGCUGGCGUCCAUGCUGGGUGCCUGCAUGAAUGAGACGCUGCGGAUGACACCGGCGGUGGUAGAGAUUCCCAAAAAGGUCAGCCCGGAAGGCGACGGCAUCAUCACGCUGGACGGGGAGAAGUACGUCUUGCCAAAGGGGGCAAGUGUCUCUAUUGUGGGGGUGUCGGCGCACCGUAACCCGCGAAAUUGGCCGUCGAAGCCGAGCAAGAUUUCGGAUGCGGACCACGAUCUGGAUGACUACGCGCCGGAACGGUGGUACAGAGCCAGCUCGAAGACGGCAGCUGAGGUCAAGACCGGUGGCGGCGGUGAUGCGGAGGAGGAUUACGGCGGGUACAAGGGCUCGGACACGAGCGAGAAGAUGUUCCGGCCGGUGCGAGGGUCCUACGUGCCCUUCUCGGACGGGCCGCGGUCGUGUCUGGGGCGGCGGAUCGCGCAGGUCGAAAUCAUUGCUGCGCUAUCCGUCGUGUUUCAGCGGCACAGUCUCGAGCUGGCGGUGGACGAGUGGGCUUCGGACGCCGAGGUAGAGGCCAUGGAUCCGCAGGAGAGGCGGAAGCUGUAUAAAAAGGCGCAGGACAAGUGCCGAGAGACUGUGAAGAAGGCGUCGACGAUGUUGACGCUCAAGUUGCCUCAGGGAAUGACUGUCCCCAUCCGGAUUGUGCCGAGGGGCGAGGAAAGGUUCGUCGACAUUGUUGACUCGGUUUAGAAUGGAACCAGUGAUAGUAGCUGGGUGGCCUUGGCAUGGCUCGUGGGAUGCUGUCUUCGAAACUGUAAAGUACUUAUUCUAGGAUGGAUAUAUGGGAAUACCCGGCAGGGUACAAGGCGGAGAGAAGGGUUGGAGUUGCAUGUGCUUGAAACUGAGGCUAGAAUGGCAAUUAAUCUGAGAAUUCAACCUAUCAGCAGGU